CACAGCUAACACGCAGAUCGGACACAUGCCACACACUAAAAAGAGAUGUAGUUGUAGAAUUUGUCAAUCUAAAUUAGCACCGAUAGAUGCCAGAAUAGUAGCAAAACACUUGAAGUAUGGCAGCAACGAACCAACUACAUCGCCGGAAAAAAAUGAGCUGGAGGAAUUUACCAGAUUUUCUUCAGACGGAUCGGACAUGGAAGAAACGCCAGAAUCACAAGUAUUUGUUAAUAACACAGAGACAUCAGACCAAAAACAAUUGAAUAAUGUUACCGGAAAUUCUGAACAAGCUGUGGAAAGUUUGCAAGAAAGUGAUGAAAGUAUUACAAGUAAUGAAGAGGAUCAAGGCAGUUUAUCAGAUGUCGGUUCUGACUCAUCAGAAACAGACGAUGAAGGCUGCGAUGAAAAGAAAAAGUGGUCAUUCUCAUUUGACAGUGAGCUAUAUUCAAAAGGAAUUGCUACACAAAACUUACCUGAUUCCAACAUAACUAUUCUGCAAUGGCUUGCUAUAAAUUUCUACACUUUUUCAUCACAUGCUAUGAGUAAGAGUACUUUUUCUAGCCAUCUCAAUAUUUCAUUUCUUCAGGGACAUCUUGAUGAUUUAAUGGGAGAUUGCCCCACAAUUAGUCCUGUUACUAUCAGUUCUCAAAAACGAAAGCAGCCUGAAGCUUCAAGCCAAGAUGAAGAUGACGAUGAAAUAGUAGAUCAAGAUCAAGACAGCUCUAGCUCUGAAGCUUCCAUCCCGAAAGAAGCAAGCAGGAAAAAAGUAAAGAAAUCAAAGUCGUCUGAAGUAAUGGACUUACUAAAAUUGCAUACUCAACAGCAGCAGGAGUUUCGAAAGGAAGAAGCUGCACGCAAGGAUAAAAUGCACAAAGAAAAAAUGGCCUUACUUUCUACACUGGUGCAAUCAUUGCAGCAAAAAAAAUGA